AUGGGAAGUCUUCCUGAAGGAGAGUACUUAGCUCGCUCUCAUCAUGUUAAUCUGCUCCAAACUUUAGGUCAUAACAAUAAGAUGGUGACGAAGACAUUAAUAAGAAGUUAUGCAAGAAGUUUUAAUGGUUUUGCUGCCAAUCUCACAGCAUCAGAAGUAUCAAAAUUGAAAAGUGUUGACGAGGUUGUUUCAGUUUUUAAAAGUCGUAAAUUUCAGAUUCAGACCACAAAAUCUUGGGAUUAUCUAGGCAUGACCCUGGAUGUCCCCAGAUAUCCAACUAUUGAGAACAACAUCAUAAUUGGGCACUUGGACACCGGUGUGUUACCCGAGUCACAUAGUUUCUCUGACCAAGGUUUAAGUCCUAUCCCCAAAAAAUGGAAAGGUGCAUGUGUUGGUGGCAAAAAAUUCUCUUGCAACAAGAAAUUGAUUGGAGCGAGGUUCUAUGACCUUUUCGAUGACAAGGCAAUGGAUAUAGAAGGUCAUGGGACUCACACAGCCUCUAUAGCGGCCGGUAGAAUAUUGGAAAACACCAACUUUUUUGGUUUAGCAAAUGGAACCGCUAGAGGAGGUGUUCCGUCAGCUAGGAUAGCUACUUACAAAGUUUGCACAGCAUUGGGCUGUUAUGAUCAUGAUAUGUUGGCAGGCUUCGAUGAUGCAAUUAGUGACGGCGUUGACAUUAUUACCAUCUCGAUUUCUUAUGGCCAUGCCUUAAACAUUAGUGAAAAUUCAAUUUCCAUUGGCUCAUUCCAUGCACUAGAGAAAGACAUUUUAACUGUAAAUGCAGCAGGGAACAACGGGAAUAAAGGGAUUGGAGCUACAACGAGCAUUGCACCAUGGAUAUUUUCAGUCGCAGCUAGUAAAGAUAGAAACGUUUUCAACAAGCUUGUCCUUGGAAAUGGACACACAAUCGCGAGUAUUGCGGUGAAUACUUUUGAGAUAAGUAACCAAAACACGAGAUUGGUGUAUGGAAGAGGAGUUAGCCAUCAAUGUAAUGAAUCAUUAGCAAGGCAAUGCGCAAUUGGUUGUGUAGACCCACUCUUGGUCAAAGGAAAGAUCAUAUUAUGUGAUUUAGACUCUACUGACUUAGAUCAUGUUUUUAUAAUGGCGGGGAAUGCUGGUGCGAGCGGGGUUAUUGUUCGACUAAAUGAAACAUUUAAAGACUUGGCUCCAAUCGUACCCCUACCCACUGCAAUUAUUAAUGAUCAUGAUUUUCAUUAUGUUGAAUCUUACCUCAAGUCCAAAACAUUGCACUCAGCCCACAUAAUGAAGACUGAUAUUGUUCGCAAUCACGCUCCCAUAGUAACCGCAUUUUCUAGUAGAGGGCCGAAUACAAUUCUUCCAGAAAUAUUUAAGCCUGAUAUAGCUGCGCCGGGCUUUAAUAUCUUGGCUGCAUUUUCACCAUACAUUGAUGAUGUAGUACCCUUGAGGAAUUUUAGCUCACUAAGGAGUAAUUACUCAUUGUUAUCCGGAACUUCCAUGUCGUGUCCCCAUGUUGCGGGUGUAGCUGCUUAUGUGAAAUCAAAACAUUUUGAUUGGUCUGCUUCUGCUAUCAAAUCAUCUAUUAUGACUACAGCGCUGAACAUGAAUGGAAAGUAUAAUUUAGAUGGUGAACUUGGGCACGGAGCAGGACAUAUUAAUCCAGUGAAAGCUAAUUACCCUGGACUUGUAUAUGAGACUUCCAUAGAAGAUUAUUAUCAAAUGUUUUGUAGUUUAGGUUCUGAAGGAGAUAAGUUGAGAAAGAUGUUUAGAGCAAAACAUAAGUGUCGAAAUGGGAUGAGAACGUCUUCAAAAGAUCUCAAUUACCCAGCAAUGACUGCCUCAGUGCAUAAGAACUCGUCAUUCACUGUUCAAUUUUUGAGAGUUGUGACAAACGUUGGACAUGCGAACUCAACAUAUUACGUAGAGAUUAGUAGAGACGAUGACACUGUCCAUGUCAAUGUGGAACCAAAUGUCCUCACUUUCACUAAAUUGAAAGAAAAAAAAAUCAUUUUUGGUGACUGUUACAGGGAAAUUGCUUAA